AUGGGAUAUUACUGGCCAACUAUGGUACAAGACUCCAUGGAUUAUGCAAGAAAAUUUGAAGCUUGCCAAAUCUAUGCAAAUUUCAUCCAUCAACCUUCGGAACCAUUACAUCCAACAAUAGCUUCAUGGUCGUUUAAUGCAUCGGGUCUUGAUGUAAUUGGACCUAUAACUCCAAAGUCUUCAGCAGGGCAGGCAUACAUCCUCGUCGGGACUGACUACUUCUCUAAGUGGGCCGAAGCCAUACCAUUGAAGGAAGUAAAGAAAGAAAAUGUCGCAGAUUUCAUUCAUAUCCAAAUCAUUUAUCGAUAUGGUGUCCCGCGACAUAUCAUAACUGAUAAUGGAAAGCCAUUUUGCAAUAGCCACAUAAACAAUUUAUGUGCAAAGUUUGGAUUCAAACAGUACAACUCGUCCAUGUACAAUGCGACAGCUAAAGGAUUGGCAGAGGCAUUCUACAAAACACUAUGCAGUCUACUAAAAAAGGUUGUCUCCAAAUCAAAAAGAGAUUGA